AUGCCGAGAAACCACACAGGCAAGCCCGCAGGCCUACUGGCACCGCAAUAUGUGACUGGUGUAUACAUACCAUGUACGGCCCUCAUCCUAGGCACAGUCUUCUUCAAGCCUCAAUGGCUACCUCUAGCAUUAGCAGUCUGCGCAGCUCUCGGGGGUUACCAAUAUUUGAACAAUCAAACGAACAAGGUCCUUGACCCGGUCAACUUUAAAGAAUUUCCUCUUAUCAAGAAGGACGUCCUCUCUCACAAUACUGCCAUCUACCGCUUUGGCCUUCCCACCCCAAACUCGAUCCUCGGGUUGCCCAUCGGCCAGCACAUCUCCAUUGCCGCAAACCUCGAUGUGAAGGACCCAAAGACCGGGGAGGUCAAGACCAAGGAGGUCGUUCGCUCAUACACGCCAAUCUCCUCCGAUUUUGAUCCCGGCUACUUUGACCUUCUUGUCAAGACCUAUCCGAACGGUAACAUCAGCAGACAUCUCGCUACGCUCAAGAUUGGUGGCACGAUAAAGGUCAAGGGCCCAAAGGGCACCAUGGUCUACACGCCUAACAUGGUCAGAGGGUUUGGCAUGAUCGCUGGUGGUACUGGCAUCACUCCAAUGCUGCAGAUAAUCAAGGCUAUUGUGCGCGGGAGAAAGAGCGGUGAUAGGACGGAGGUAGAUCUGAUCUUUGCUAACGUCAACCCAGAGGACAUUCUGUUGAAAGAAGACAUAGAUAGGCUUGCAAGAGAGGAUGAUAAAUUGAGGGUGUACUAUGUGCUCAACAAUCCUCCGGAGAGAUGGGACGGUGGCGUCGGAUUUGUCACGCCCGAUAUGAUCAAGGAACGUUUCCCAGCACCUGCUUCUGAUAUCAAGAUUCUCCUCUGUGGCCCGCCACCAAUGGUCAGCGCAAUGAAGAAGGCGACCGAAUCACUGGGCUAUCAGAAGGCAAGGCCAGUGAGCAAGCUGGAGGACCAAGUCUUCAGCUUCUAG